CUUUUUUUUACUUCGUUUUUUAAAUAUAUAGAUCUAAAUAGUUUGAUGGCUGCAGGUACAGAUGGAGAGGGAGGCUCAAACUAUGAUGAAUUAUGGGCCUUAGCCAACUUGAUCGGGCCAGCUCGACCUAUUACUACAACUCAAGAAGCCAUCAACAAUGCCGGAUUUGUGGUUGGGCGAUUUGAACAAGAGUAUCAAGGGAUGCGCAACAUCACUACCCUCGGCGAUAACAGUAAGUGCCUGGUUUGUAUGAGUGAGUAUGAAGAAGGCGAAGACAUGCGUGCGCUCAAGUGUAAGCAUGGCUUUCAUUUGGAGUGCAUUGACAAGUGGCUCACAACAGGGGCAAACAAGUGUCCAGUUUGCCGAGCUGCGGCAGUCGUAGCAGAACCAUCCACUGCAGUCGACCUGGGAUCAGUGUUAGCCCCGGAGUAAACAAUUAAUGCAAGUGGAAGUCUGCCAAUCAUAUAAACAUCGAUCCUUUAUUCUAUUCUGCUUCCUUUUCUUUGUAUCAUAAAAUUCUGUACAACACUGCUUUCUAUUUUGUUUUUAAUUAUUAAAUAUUUGACUUUUGCUUUAUUUUUGUAUUUAUUUUAUUUUUCCCUUACUAUGCAUCUUUUUACAAAUAUGUAAAGUAACACGCUAGAAUAGGAAAAAGAAA